AUGAGAGCUAGCAGAGCAAGAAAGUUGCUUCAAAAGAAGGAAGAACAGAGAGCUGCUGACAAAGCUGCUGGUAUUUAUUUGCAUAGUGAUUAUUCAGAUGAUGAAUCUCUGGAACUGCCCCUUGGAUUUAGACUUCAAAAUAAGCACCAAUGUCUUGCACAAGGCUUAGCCUUCCUCUAUAAUAAUUUACAGCAGACAGAGAAUAGCGUGGAUGAUUUAGAAGGCUACAAGAAUGAUUUUAUUGUUACUAAUUUCACCUUCUAUCUUUUGGACGCAUAUUGUCAAAAAGGAUUAUGGAUUUACAGGCUACAGGUGGCAGUAGUGGUUGGUAGCGUGGUGGAGGACAUGACAACAACCGUUGGGGAGCAGAAACAUGAGAGGAUCAAUUCUACUGAUUCUGAACUUGCUUGCCAUUAUCUUUACAACAAAGUCAUGGGCUUUCCUCUUUCUUGUCCUCACAUUGUUCAGGAUUAUGAUUUGUACGGUCAAGAGGAGCCCUGGCAAGUUUGGGACAAAUUUGGAGGAUCGAAUAAUGACGAAGACGACGACGGGGCUGGUCCAUCCACUCUGGAUCUUUUCUUUUUCACCACGAUGAAGGGUUCUAAUUGUGCUGGAAAAGCUCGGGCAUCAAUGUUACCUAAGCAUCAUAACGAGGCAUCAACUUUUGACGCACACUCGGCAACUUGUAAUGAUUCUCCUUGUGCUGGAAAAGCUCGGGCAUCAACGUUACCUAAGCAUCAUAAUGAGGCAUCAACUUUUGAAGCACACUCGGCAACUUAUCGUAUAAGUCAGGAUCUUAUUGUUGAAGGGAUGCUUAUUGUUAGCAACUGUGCCCAGCUCGGCGAUGAUGGUGCUGCAUCAUCAUGCUUGCUGCAAGAAACCGAUUUUGAUGGCGGUAGUUUUGAUGUUGAAGAUUGCAACUCCGUUUUGUCUAUGCUUCAGGCUUCAGCAAAGGGGAUGCUUCAAGAGUUUGUUAAUACAAUCUUACCCUUGGUUCGUGAGUCAAUUUAUGUAAAAACCCUUCGUCGAAAGGUAAAGAAAAGGCUGACAAUAAGUGUUCUGCGUGAAAGAAUCAGUAUUCUGAAUGUUCAGGAAAAUGAUGAUGUUUUUGGAGAAGUGAGACCACUGGCUUCUAAAUCAGAUCUGCUAACUUCAGAACGUAGAAGUCUUGUUUGGAGGCAGCAAGAAUACUGUAAUUCAUCUCCUACAGGAAAGGUGACCCGUGAUGAUAAGGGUGUUUUCACAGUAUAUCUGAAUGAUUCUGAAGCCAGAAAGCACUUGCUCAACCACCGUUUAGUGGAUAAGUUUAUUGAUGGCAUCAAUGAGAGAUUGUUUUCUGAUAAACUGCCUGGUGAGAAGGAGGAGGAACUUCAGUCUCUUUUAGCUCGUAACCUUUGGGGUUUAACUGAAGCUGACUUUUUUGGUUUUGACUAUGUAAGAUCUGCAAUUCAAAAGCAGCCGCACAGCAUUGCUGGCUGGAACUGUUAUUACAAAAUAGCCUCAUUGCCUCAAGUUUCUGGUUUCAUAUUGAACGUGAAACAGGAUGCUGGCAAAUUUGUGGAAUAUGGUAUAAUGAAGUGUCAUCAUCAAGAUGCUGCAAGAGAAUACCUAGAAGCUUAUAAACUGAUGCCAGAAUGUCCUCUAAUUAAUCUGUGUGUGGGAACUGCCUUGAUCAACUUGACCCUUGGAUUUAGACUUCAAAAUAAGCACCACUGUCUUGCACAAGGCUUAACCUUUAUAAUAAUUUACAGAGAAGCAGCCUAUAAUUUGCAUUUAAUAUACAAAAACAGUGGAGCAUUUGGUCUUGCUAGGCAGGAUUAUGGAUUUACAGGCUACAGGUAA